AUGACUCAGAUGCUUCUGCUCUUGCUGUACGGCUUCGUGUUUCUUUUGGCCACAGAGUCCUGCAGGACGUUAUGCCAGGCUGCCAGCAAGAGCAAGGAGCAGGUAUCUACCAGGGCAUACGGUGACUGCCAUGGCGCUUGUGUGGACAAUUCCUACUGCAGCCAACCUUGCCCUCCAGACACUCCAGGGGAUGUGGGGUUUUUAUGCAGGCAAAAGAAAUGGCACAAAGUUACUGACACCUGCCGGACUCUCAGCGCCUUCAACAUCUUCGAGGAAGAUUCAAAUUAUGUUCAAAUAUUUGGAGGAUCAAAAUUCAGUGAAUAUACCAAGAAGCCUGAGACCAUUACAGAUUUGUUAAUGGAAAAGUGUCCACAGGAUCUGUCCUGUGUGAUCAGGAACAUUCAGAAGUCUCCCCGGAUUCCAGGAAACAUCGCUGUGAUUGUGCAGCUCUUACACAACAUCUCCACUGUGCCAAUGACAGAUGUUGAUGAGGCAAAGAUGCAGAGUUACAGCAUCAUGGCCAACCACAUUCUUAAUAGCAAAAGCAUCUCAAACUGGACCUUCAUCCCCGACAGAAACAGCAGCUGCAUCCUGCUACAUUCAAUCAAUUCUUUCGCAAGAAAGCUAUUUUUCAAUAAGCAUCCCAUUGACAUAGCAGAGAACUUCAUCCAUACGGUGGGAACCAUCCUCUCUAGAGACAAUGCCGGAAAGAAUCUCACCUUUUCAAUGAGAGUUAACGACACCAGCGAUGUGGUCGUGGGGAAGGUGUUGAUCAGCAGAGAGGAACUUCAGGAGGUGCCUUCUCCUUCUCAGGCUGUCAGCAUCGCAUUUCCAACUCUUGGGGCCAUCUUAGAAACCAGUGUUUUGGAAAGCAUCGCCGUGAAUGGGCUUGUCCUGUCUGUCAUUCUACCCAAGGAACUUGAAAGAAUCUCUCUGGUUUUUGAAAAGAUCAGCAAGUCGGAGGACAGGAGGACAGAGUGUGCAGGCUGGCACUCCUUGGAGAGCAGAUGGGACCGCAAGGUCUGCCGAAUGAUCCAGGAGAACUCCCAGCAGGUGGUGUGCAAAUGUAGCCCAAGCAAGAUAUUUACUUCCUUCUCGAUUCUGAUGGCACCCCACGUCUUGCAGAGCCCGAUUCUGAUUUACAUCACGUACAUAGGCCUGGGUGUUUCUAUUUGCAGCUUGGUCCUCUGCUUGUGCAUCGAGGCCCUGGUCUGGGGCCAGGUGACGAAGACAGAGAUCUCAUUCUUACGCCACGUGUGCAUUGCUAACAUUGCAACCACCUUACUGAUGGCUGAUGUGUGGUUCAUCCUGGCUUCCUUUCUCAGUGGUCCAAUGAGGCGCCACAGUGCAUGCGUGGCAGCAACCUUUUUCGUUCACUUCUUUUACCUUUCUGUGUUUUUCUGGAUGCUUGCCAAGGCACUCCUCAUCCUCUACGGAAUCCUGAUUGUCUUCCAUACGUUGCCCAAGUCCGUCCUGGUGGCAGCCCUCUUUGCGGUGGGCUACGGGUGCCCUUUGCUCAUUGCUGCUAUCACGGUCGCUGCCACUGAACCUGGCAAAGGUUAUCUCCGGCCUGAGGCCUGUUGGCUCAACUGGGACAUGACCAAGGCCCUUCUGGCUUUUGUGAUUCCGGCUCUGGCCAUUGUGGUUGUCAACUUGGUCACAGUCACACUGGUGAUUGUCAAGACCCGGCGAGCGGCCAUCGGCAGUUCCAUGUUCCAGGAGGUGAGGGCCAUUGUGAGGAUCAGUAGGAACAUUGCCAUCCUCACGCCACUGCUGGGACUGACCUGGGGAUUCGGCAUAGCCAUGGUCCUCAAUGACGGCUUGCUGGCUUUCCACAUCAUCUUCUCCCUGCUCAAUGCCUUCCAGGGCUUCUUCAUACUGGUGUUUGGAACAAUCCUGGAUCCGAAGAUAAGAGAUGCCUUAAAGGAUCGAAUAAACUCUGCAAAAUGGAUCUCCAGGAUAUCAGAGAAUGUUUCUUCUGAUUUCUCUCGUCACCCCACCAAAGGGCCAAGCUAG